GUCAAAGAAACGACAAACCGGAGAACGAGAACGGUGAGAAUUUGCAAUUUUCAGGAGAAGCUCUCGACAUAGCAACAAAAUUCCAAAGAUUACAAAAUUCAGUCGUUUUAUACAAAAAGAAAAAUGAAGCUCUCGAGAAAGAAAAAGGCGAAUUAAUAAAUAAGCUUCAUGAACUAAGCAUAAAAAAUGAUCAAUUACAAACAUCUUGUAAUGAAUUAACCUCACGUUACGAUUCCGAAAAAAGAAGAUGGCAACAAAGGGCUAAUGAUUCAGAUCUUGAAAUUCAGGCGUUAAAAAAACAACUUAUUGAAUUGAAAGAUGAAGCGUCUAGAUAUCAAUCUGCACUAGGUGAAGCAACAAAUGUUCGAUUUGGUGAUGAUGAUAGUAAUAAUCAAGUGCAACUUUCAAAAGCGAUUAUUGAAAUGCAAAAUUUAUUAAUGGAUUUCACUACCGUUAAAGGAAAAGAUAUUAUUAUUAAUGAAAAAGCUGCUUCCGAACUAUUGAAUAUGUAUAAAUGUAAAACAAGGGGAAAACCGGUUAUAAGUGCUAUUUUGCAACGAAAUACUUUUGAAUUAUUGCAAGCUCAACAAGUUCAAUAUAAUCCAAGAAGUUCAAUGAAUCAACCUCCUAUUGAUGACGCCUAUCUUGAAUCUGAAAUAACUACUCAUAUGAUAACAUUAUGUAAUUUAAUUAAUCGACUUGCUGAAACUAGAAAUGGAACUGAUGAAAUCACUCGUGUGGCUCCUGUAAAAGUCCGUCAACAAGUUUAUACCGUAUUAGGUUCACGAGGAUUUUGUAAAGAUAAUCAUCCAAUCAUUGAAAAAUUAGCAGAUUAUAUUUUAGAUAGUACUGGAAAAUGUAGGAAAAUUAGUGAUGAAAAACAAUCAGAAUUUCAAAAUAAAGCUUUAGAAGUUGUUAAAAAAUUUGUACAUUUGUAUUUUAGGUUGCAUGCUCAAGAACCUAUUCCGAAUUAUUCGUAUUAUUUUGAAGCUGGUACUCCUUUAGCAAAUAAUGUCAUGGAUGGAUCGUGGGAUGAUGAUAACAUGGAUAAUUUAGAAGUUGAGAUCUGUUCGUUUCCUUUAAUUUAUAUUAAGGGCAAAGAUAAUAGUAAGAAAAUACUUUCCAAAGCAAUAGUUCUUCCAAGAGAAAAAGAAUAA